GGACUCUGCCUUCUAUGGCUGGUAGAGGUCUGAGGAGGGCAGUUGCCUAGUUCAGGUUUGGGCAUGUUGACCUCAGGCAUCUGACCCAGCCAGUGGCUCAGACUUGGACUCUGCAUACUUGAUGUGAGAGUUCAGCAUCCAGGAGCUAAGGGAGGCAGAGGAGCUGCCACAAAGGGGAAGGGAGCUCCAGGAGCCUGGAUGCCAGGCUGGCCCUGUUGCUGAAUGCUCCCAGGCAUAACAAGCUGAGGACCCUGGAGGAUCACACACUUGACUGAGUACAGGCUCUGCUCACACCAAAGGAGUACAAGGAGGUAGCCUGCUCCAGCAGUUUCAGAGAAGACUGGCCGUAGGUUUCUGCAGAGUGUGGGGGAGUUCCUCCUGCUUAUCCAGAGAGCUGUUUUUCAGGGGCCACCUCCCCAAGGAAGGUGUGGAGCUCCUACUGGACGAGCCAUGAAGAAUCGGUUCUUGGUCCUGGGCCUGGUGGCUGUGGUUCUGGUAUUCCUCAUCAUCGGCCUCUGCAUCUGGCUGCCCUACACCUCUGGGAAGCCGAGCCAUGUGUACUCCAGGGCAGCUGUGGCCACGGAUGCCAAGCGCUGUUCAGAGAUUGGACGGGACAUGCUACAGGAGGGUGGCUCCGUGGUGGAUGCAGCCAUCGCGAGCUUGCUGUGCAUGGGGCUCAUGAAUGCCCACAGUAUGGGCAUCGGGGGCGGCAUGUUCUUCAUCAUCUACAACAGCACCACACGAAAAGCUGAGGUUAUCAAUGCCCGUGAAGUGGCUCCCCGGCUGGCCAAUGGCACCAUGUGUAAUACCUCUAAGGACUGUGAAGCAGGUGGCCUUUCCGUGGCAGUUCCUGGUGAAAUCCGUGGCUAUGAGCUGGCACACCAACGGCAUGGGCGGCUACCCUGGGCUCGCCUCUUCCAGCCUAGCAUCCAGCUGGCUCGCCAUGGCUUCCCUGUGGGCAAGGGCUUGGCCAUAGCGCUAGACAGAAAGCGGGAGACCAUUGAGACGACACCUGCCUUGUGCGAGGUGUUCUGCCACCAAGGGAAGGUGCUUCAGGAAGGAGACACAGUGACUAUGCCAAAGCUGGCCGAUACGCUGCAGAUACUGGCCCAGGAAGGCGCCAAGGCCUUCUACAAUGGGAGCCUCACAGCACAGAUUGUGAAGGACAUCCAGGAAGCUGGGGGCAUUAUGACAGUUGAGGACCUGAAUGACUACCGUGCAGAGCUGAUAGAGCAUCCGAUGACCGUCAACCUUGGGGACUUCACACUGUAUGUGCCCAGCGUACCACUCAGCGGGCCCGUGCUGGUUCUGAUCUUAAACAUCCUCAAAGGGUACAACUUAUCUCCGAAGAGUGUGGCAAGCCCAGAACAGAAGGCGCUGACGUAUCACCGUAUCGUGGAGGCCUUCCGGUUUGCCUAUGCCAAGAGGACCAUGCUUGGUGACCCAAAGUUUGUCGAUGUGUCUCAGGUAAUCCGCAACAUGACCUCCGAGUUCUUCGCUGCCCAACUUCGAGACCGCAUCUCUGAUAUGACCACUCACCCAACCGCCUACUAUGAGCCCGAAUUCUACCUUCCCGACGAUGGGGGCACUGCUCACCUGUCUGUGGUUUCCGAGGACGGCAGUGCUGUGUCUGCCACCAGUACCAUCAACCUCUACUUUGGCUCCAAGGUGCUUUCACGAGUCAGCGGCAUCCUGUUUAAUGACGAGAUGGAUGAUUUCAGCUCACCCAACUUCGUCAACCAGUUUGGAGUAUACCCCUCACCAGCCAACUUCAUCAAGCCAGGCAAGCAGCCACUUUCAUCCAUGUGUCCCUCCAUCAUUGUGGAUAAGGACGGCAAGGUGAAGAUGGUGGUGGGAGCUUCGGGAGGCACCCAGAUCACCACAUCCGUUGCACUGGCCAUCAUCAACCACCUGUGGUUCGGCUAUGAUGUCAAGAGAACAGUGGAGGAGCCCCGGCUCCACAACCAGCUUUUUCCCAACACCACAACAGUAGAGAAAAAUAUUGAUCAGGUGGUGACUGCAGGCCUAAAGACUCGCCACCACCAUACAGAGGUCACAUCCUCCUUCAUUGCUGUGGUUCAAGCCGUUGUGCGGACAUCGGGUGGUUGGGCAGCUGCCUCAGACUCCAGGAAAGGUGGGGUGCCAGCUGGCUACUGAGUGCUCAGAAGGGGUUAAGGCCGACCUGCAAUCCCAGCAUGAGACACUCAGAGUGGGACUCUGGAGAACGUGCUGCCCCCGGAGUGGGA